CGCCCCUUCCCCCGGAUGCGGGCCGGGAUGGCGCUGCCCACCCCGCGCUACGAGCACCUGGGCCCGCGAGGGCCCUUUCGGGACGUGUACGAGCCGGCCGAGGACACCUUCCUGCUGCUCGAUGCGCUGGAGCGGGACGCGAACAGCCUGCGGGAGGCUCGAGUCGAGAUCUGCCUUGAAAUAGGAUCCGGGUCUGGUGUGGUUUCAACAUUUGUGGCUUCUUCUAUCCUCGGACCCAGUGCACUGUACAUAUGCACAGAUAUCAACCCCAUGGCAGCUUACUGUACCCAGGAGACAGCUCUGCUGAACAAUGUUCACCUGCAGCCUGUCGUCACUGACUUGGUCAAAGGAUUAUCCCCAAGAUUAAAUGGGAAGGUUGAUCUGCUGCUGUUUAACCCACCAUAUGUGGUAACACCUUCUGAAGAGGUGAAAAGCCAAGGAAUAGAGGCAUCCUGGGCUGGGGGCAAACAGGGCAGAGAAGUCAUGGAUAGAGUUUUCCCAUUAGUACCAGACCUGCUUUCACCAGGAGGAUUAUUCUACUUGGUCACAAUUAAAGAAAAUAAUCCAGAUGAAAUUCUGGAAACAAUGAAGAGAAGUGGCUUAAAAGGCACACGAGUGCUUUCCAGGCAAGCAGGACAAGAGAUGCUGACAAUCCUCAGAUUUAGGAAAUCUUGAUGACUUCUCUUCACCUGCCAGGAUCAGCGUUCUCAGCACGGAUCACUUUGGUCUUGACUAAGGACCAGAGGCCUCCACGUCCUUCUGACCUUCAGAGAAGAAGAAAGAGCCUGGUUAAAAUACACAGAUGCUCAGAGUUCAGCACAAAAGCAUUUGGAGGAAGUUUGCAUCAGUGCACAGAUGGAAAUAUAGUGGCACUUUAUACAAUGCAAAAUGUGAGGGCAGAGUUAGGAGUUGUUUCACUUGUUCUUUCAUAGCUGUCAAAUAUUUUUACUACUCAGGGUACUGAACUUCUCAUCUCUUCCAACACAUGUUCCAGCAGCAGAUAAGGAGGAUUCUCCAAUUCUUCAAUCCCUUGUUAUGAGCACAACAGUUCUGCAACUCAUUAGACACCUUCCCUCAGCUUCAGAGGUGGCUUCUCAAGGAAUGAUGGAAAAUUUUAUUUUAGCAAUUGUAUGUAUUUAUAUUGCCAUUGGGAAUUUUUUUGAGGAAUACAAUUUUGCAAAUAGAAAUUGAAUUUUAGUCCUUUUCACUUUUUCCCUCCCAUUUUAAAGAAACACUAAUGCAGAUU